AACGAUGGGUACCUGCUCGGUGACUAUGAUGUACAACUUACCCGCGUCGUGGAAAGUUUGCAUGCGGUGUUUUGCAUGGGAUAACAAAAGGAUUUAAAAGUCAUUCUUCUCCUUUUCCUCUCAAUUUAGACACUACGGAGAUCGCAUUAUGGAGUUUUUAUGUCUUAGGGUAGCUGGUUAGGUUUAUUAUUGUUAUUUUUUAUUUAAAUCGGUUCACCUUUCGCUUCUGUUGUAAGCUGAAAGUAAGCUUUACAGUUCGUGUUUUGUGUCCUGAACGUAAUGAGUUUCAUCAAACGAGUAUGGAAGCACAAAGAUGCCCUGAUUGUUCUUCUCACUCCUCUCCUUUUGCUGCCUUUGCCAGUGGUAGUUCAAACAAAGGAAGCUGCAUGUGCCUACACUUUGUUGAUAACUGCUACUUACUGGAUUUCCGAAGCCGUUCCGCUUGGUGCAGCUGCUAUUGUUCCAGCCUUUCUAUUUCCCAUAUUUGGAAUUAUGAAAUCCAGUCAGGUGGCGGCUGAGUACUUCAAAGAUAUUCACUUGCUUUUGUUUGGAGUAGUCUGCCUUGCAGCAGCAAUUGAGAAGUGGAAUCUGCAUAAAAGGAUUGCUCUCCGAAUGGUGCUUGCUGUUGGUCCAAAUCCUGGCAGUUUAAUGCUUGGUUUCAUGGGAUGCACAGCCUUUCUGUCCAUGUGGCUCAGCAAUACCUCUACCGCUGCCAUGGUAAUGCCCAUUGCUGAGGCAGUUCUCUGCCAGCUGAGAAAUUCAAGGCCUGAAAUUAAGACCACAAUGAAAUGUACUUCAAAAGAGGAUGGGGUUGAAUUUGAAAAUGAUAACAGUAAUGAUCAGAAGAAAAGGCUGGAAACUUCUUGUGAGAGCAAUGGCAUAAUGGAAUUUUGCACAGUUAGCACUGGUGAUUUUGAUGAGGAAAAGCAACCUUUUCGAGGAUUCACCUCUACUAAUAAGACAACUGGGCAGCCAUACAAGACCAAGAAGGACCACAUGAUGUGCAAAGCUCUUUCUCUCAGUAUUGCGUAUUCCUCAACUAUUGGUGGGAUGACAACAAUCACUGGGACUUCAACUAAUUUAAUUUUUGCUGAACAAUUUGAUACACGUUACCCUGAUUGCAAAUGCAUCAAUUUUGGAUCCUGGUUUAUCUUCUCCUUCCCUGCUGCAGUAAUAAUUCUUAUUCUCUCCUGGAUCUGGAUGUACUGGCUUUUUCUUGAUCUAAAUUUAAAGGAAUUAUUUCCCUUUAAAAGGAAGAAAGUCAGCAAGAAAGAAGAUGUCUCUAGAAAAUCAAUUAAAGAAGAAUAUGACAGAUUAGGAGGCAUUAGUUACCAAGAGAUUAUUACCUUAGUUAUCUUUAUUUUGAUGGCACUGUCUUGGUUUACGAGGGACCCGGGGUUCAUACCAGGUUGGGAGUCCUUGUUUGGUCCGAAGGGGUUCAAAACUGAUGCCACAUCGGGAGUGCUUUUAGGAUUUCUAUUAUUUAUUAUUCCUUCAAAGAAGCCAAAACUUUUUUCUUGGCCUUUCAAAGGUGGAGAAUCAAAAACUGAUGAUGACUCACCAUCACAACCGAUGAUCUCUUGGAGAGAGUUUGAAAGUGCCAUGCCUUGGCAAAUUGUGAUCUUGGUUGGCGGAGGCUUUGCCCUGGCUAAGGGCUGCCAGGAUUCCGGUCUGUCAAACUUGAUAGGAAGCAAACUAGAGCCUUUAAGCAACCUUCCCGUGUGGGUGACCAUACUCUUGACCUGCCUCAUUGUAACAAUAGUAACAGAAGUGGCAAGCAACCCUGCCACUAUUACAAUCUUUCAGCCUAUUUUAUGUACUCUGGCUGAAGGAAUAAAUGUGAAUCCUCUCUUUAUCGUUAUUCCUGCAACAAUUAGCACUUCAUGUGCCUUUCUUUUGCCUGUUGCCAAUCCGCCAAAUGCUAUUGUAUUUUCAUAUGGACAUCUAAAAGUGUUGGACAUGGUGAAAGCUGGCCUUGGAGUGAACAUUAUCAGUAUUAUCUGUGUCUUGCUAGCAGUGUUUCUCUGGGGAGUCCCCCUGUUUAAUCUGAACACUUUUCCUAAAUGGGCACCUUUGAAGAAUGUAACAUUGUCUCCUUGAAAUUCCUGCCUCUCUUCCUUGGACAUAAUAAAAUGCUCAUUGGUUGAAGCCUUUUCUCAAACCACAACAUCUGGCAUCACUUUUUUUGAGAAGGAGUGUGUGUGUGAUGUGCAUGGGGUUUAAUUUUAUAGCCACUCAGUAGGCCAUAUAAAGACAGGUGGAGAGAGUCAUAGGAGAGCACUUUUCAAAUAGACAUUGCUUACAAUAAAAUAGUUUAUAGUAAAUUUAUAAAUAAGGAUAUGUUAUGUAUGUUAUGUAAAUUAUGUAUCAUUAAAAUCUGCAAAUUUUGUUCAUAUUGUGGUUAACAUGGAAAGUAAAAUCAUUACCAGUCUGCUGUGAUUUUUGUUGCACAAUGACUUUUGGUACCACUGUAUGUUCUCUAUGAAGAUUUAGUGUAAAGUGUCUUGUUAUCAGGGAUUUGGGGCAUACUGGUCUAUUUAAAAACAAAACAUGGUAGAUUGUUUAACCUUUUACGAAGACAUAAGAUUAAAACUGAAAAUGUAAAACACUGUAUUAUUUGUAGGUAAGCUGAUAGUCAAAUGAAAUUUGCUACUGUCUCGUAUGAAUUAUUGCCAAUGUUUUUUUAUUAAACUUGAUUAGCUUAAUUUGUAAAACUUUCUAACUCGGAUAUUUUUCAGAUAUUUAUCACUAAAGUUUUCUUUCAGCACUAAUUAAACACAUCAAACAGUUAAACAUCUGAACAGCCAAUCCUUUGUUUGCUUGAUUGAGCUAAACUUGCAACAGAAAGUAAUUUGCAGUGAUUUGUGCUGCACUCACAUGGAACAACUGUGGCACACUUUGAACUAAAUCAGCUUUUGUGAAAGGCUGAAUGAUGCCUGGUAGAAAAGACCUCAUGAGCUUUUUAUAUGCAGGAAUUCAGUAAUACUGUAUUGAAUAUCCAUUUAAUAUCCAUUUAAUAUCCAUAGCGUUUCUGCAAAUGCAGAUGGAAUAACUUGAAAAUCAGAAUUAUACACUGUAUGCAGUAGUUUAACUACAUCCCUGUUAUUGUUCUAGGCAAGAGCUAAAAUAUUGUUUUAUAUAAAAAAUAGUAGUAAAAUGUCAAGAAAGGGCUAUGUACAGGUAGAAACUACUAAAAUGUUUUUUUUUUUUUUUCUGAGACUAAUGGCCACCUAAUAUUGGUAGUGCUCAGGUGAUCUAGUACAGCUAAAGUAUCAAUGACUUGCUUUUUAACACAAAUUGUACUCAUACAUUUAAUGAUUGGCCUUAAAUAUAAAAUUAAGUUCACCAACUUCAGUCAAAUUGAAAACUGGUGGUGUACUGGAGACAUGGAAAACCUACACCGCUCUAGUUAUAGAAUUUUUCCAGUUUAGCCCUCUGCUGAUUUCACAUAAUGACUUUAAAGAGCAAGUUGAGAAACAUCUUGCAUUUUAAAAGUCAAUAUUCAAUUUGUGUGUUAAACAAAAAUAAAAUCAACUUUUGUGAGAUUGGCAGUAAAAUGCAUCAAAAAUACUCUGUAGAGUCCAUGAGACAUGGGUACAAGGUUUCAGGGUAUCAAGCUGUAUAGUCUGAUUUAAUAACAGGAAUUGUCUACUCUGCUGAGCAUCAAUAAUAAUAACAAAAGAAAAGCAGUGUUGUGGCCCUGACAGGACUGGAUAACACUAUCUCCAGUUGUUGUGUGUCCAAAAGUGACAACAUCCCUGUGUCGUUUGUUAAAAAAAGUCAGAACAUGGAGGGGGCAAGUUUAGAUGCCGAGGUGGAGGCAGGGAAUAGGCGUCAUCUCCCAGGGUUUGGUCGGCGCUGCAGUGGAAACUGGAGAUAUCGUUAACACAGUACCCCCUCUCGCACUGGAGCGAAAUUGGCAGGCUUACCUGGGCCUUCCAGGUGGUGUCCAUGCGCACAUGCGUGACCAUACUUACUUGUUACAUCAGGUUUAUUGUUUAGCCUGGAAGCAGCAGGCUGCACAGUAAUAGGCUUUAUUAUUAUGUGAUUAGUGUGUGAACUCCAUGUGAUUAUUUAAAUAUAAUCUUUUCUUUUUACACAUAUCCUAAAUAUUUUUACAUUUUGUAUUGUGUGUAAUAAGAAAAAAAACAACUAAUUUUUGUGCCACUGUUAAGUACUUUUUCAGUAUUUCAGAGACUUGAUGAUCACAUUGUUUUAAUCCUUAAUAUCAAGGGAAUUUUAUAUUGCAUCCUGCUGGUCAGGUUUUUAUGAUGAUGCAAGUAUGUGCAAGAUGGCAAACUUUAACUUUGUGUCAUUAUUGGGCUGUUUGAAGCAAUUUACGGCUCAGUUUCAUGGGUUGGGUUUGAUUUAUAAUGUACAAGUUUAUAUUUUAUUUGUUUUAAAACCAUUUUAUUGAAAUUCAUAAGUAAAUAAAUGGUCUUUUAUUGACUAAUA